AUGGUUGUUGAAACUGAAUUUUAUGAUUUGCUAGGCGUGUCUAGUACUGCCACUCAAUCUGAAAUACGCAAAGCUUAUCGCAAGCAAGCUAUAUCGUGUCAUCCAGACAAAAAUCCAGAUGACCCCAACGCCAGCGACAAGUUUCAGAAAAUAUCUGCCGCCUACGAAGUUCUCUCUGAUGAGGUUACCAGGGAGAGCUACGAUGCUUUUGGUAGAACGGACAGUGCUAGCUCUGCAGGCCCCCCGAUGGACGAUUUCAUGUCUUCAUUCUUCUUCGACCUUAGUAGACCUCCUCAACCUUCAAAAGCCAGAGACCAAGUCGUAGACUUUGAUGUGUCUCUCAAUGACUUAUACCUCGGCAAAUCUGUCCACUUUGCUAUCGAAAAGGAUAUCACCUGCAAGCUCUGCUCUGGCUCUGGUGGCAAAAAAGGCGCCAAACCUCAAUCCUGCGGUAGAUGCUCUGGUAGUGGAAAUGUCCUUCUCAGCAGACAGCUCGGUCCUGGCUUAAUUGCUCAAAUGCCCUCUCCUUGUCCUGACUGUCACGGUGAAGGCGUUAAAAUCAGAGACAAAUCGAGGUGCAGAAAGUGUGAGGGUUCGAAAACAACAAAGGCCAAGAAAAAAAUCUCCUUCGAUAUCAAAAAGGGUAUGGUUGAUGGUCAGAAGAUUCGUCUGCAGGGUGAGGGUGAUGAAGUUCCUGGCGCUAAACCUGGAUCACUCAUAUUUAAGCUACGUGCCAAAAAGCAUGACACUUUCAGAGUUUCAGGUUAUGACUUGGCAAUUACGAUAAAGCUCACCCUCUUCGAAGCAUUGGCUGGUUUUGACAAGGUCAUUUGCAAUCACUUGGACGGCCGUUCUGUGAAACUUUCAGUCCCUCAAGGAAGGGUAAUACAGCCAGCAGAGACUCUUUGUUUACGCGAUCAAGGUAUGCCAUUGUCAAGGGGAUAUGGUGAUUUAUACGUCCAAUGCAAUGUCGAAAUGCCAAGUGGCUAUUGGAUGAAGAUGCAGGAUCGUACUUCACUUGGUAAAUUGCUACCAAAACCAGACCAAAAGAGCGAAAUAAAGGAGAGUGAGAACUCUCAAACUGCAAAUUAUGAGACUAGCUCUAUGUCAAAUUUUGGAAGGACACACGCUCAUCCAAACGACUUUGACGAUGAUAAUGGACCAUCUACGCAAUGCACAACUCAAUAG